CCUUUUUAUGAUUCCAUAAUUGAUCUUUUAGCAAACCCCAAGAUUCUUUCUUCAUCCCAUGGGUUUCCUCUUUGUUUCCAAAAUAAAACAGUGUGUGUGACACCAAACAGAAACAUAGAAAUUAAAUCAAAGGUUCAGCAAAAGUAUGAUUUCAAUUGAAAAUCAAAGACAGAGAGUUUCAGAAUUGGAAAUUAGACCUGGAGGAAUGUUGGUUCAAAAGAGGGAUUUUAAUUCAAAUCCUUCUUUUCCCACCAUUAAAGUUAAGGUUAAAUUUGGCUCUUCUUAUCAUCAUAUUCAAAUCAACUCCCAUGCAAGCUUUGGCGAAUUGAAAAAGUUGAUGGCUGAGCCAACAGGGUUGCACCCAGCAGAGCAAAAGCUAAUAUACAAAAACAAAGAGAGGAAUUCAAAUGCUUAUCUAGAUGUGGCAAGAGUUAAAAAUGGCUCAAAAAUUGUGUUGGUUGAAGACAUUUUAAGCAAAGAAAGAAGAUGCGUUGAAAUGCUUACAAACCAUAAGUUUCAAAUAUCCUCCAACUUGUUAAAAGAAAUAGACUUGGAAGUCAAUAAACUCUCUCAAGAGGUUGGAUCUGUUCAUGUGAAAGCUUGUAAAGAAGGGAGAGUUUCUGAGAAAGAAGUGGAUGAUUUGAUUGAAUUGCUUAUGAGAAAAUUGAUACAAUUAGAUGAAAUUGAAGUUGUGGGAGAUCUGAGGCUACAAAGAAGACAACAGGUGAGAGAAGUUCAAAAGCAAAUUGAAAGUCUUGACAUGAUGAAGCUACAAUAUUGUACCACUCUCAAUAGCAAAAAUGAAAUUGGAAUUUCAAAAAAUGGUGGUUUUAUUUCUACUACAAAGGCAAAGCAAAAUUUGAAGCCAAGGCAGCAAUGUUUGAGAAUACUGAAGGAAACUCCAAGGAAUUCUGAACCUGUGGUUGUGACAACUAAAUGGGAAACUUUUGAUUAGCAAUAAUAUCAUCACAUACUUUUAAACCACAAAAAAAAUUAAUGUUGAUCACAUUCCAUAUAUGUACCCUUUGUUUUUCUUUUUCCUCUUUCUGCCUUUCAAAUAAAUGUUGCAUUAAAAUCCAAAAGAAAGAGAGAAAAAAAUGCAAAGUACUAUUGAAAAAAUGAGGCAUAGCGGAAAGAAAAAUUGUUGUCACGUGCUUGAGAUGAAGCACGGCGGCUGACAUCUUUAAAAGGGUUAGUUGUCACCAAUCUUUUUUUCCACUGUGAUUGGACACCUAAAAAUAAAAUAAAAUAAAUUUUAAACUUU